AUGACUUUAGAGUUCUUAGUGCCCCAGCCUCACCAAGAAGACACGAUGUACCGGCAUCCCAGCCCAUCCCAAAGCUACUCUACGUAUAGCUUUAACCAAACUCCGACAACGACCCAAUACCAGAUUGAUUUCCCAGCGGGGAAUUCGUUCCAGACAACAGGGACCAUCACAGAGAGCCAGCAGGGGCAGCCGCCGACCACGAACCCCUGGGCUACGGCCGGGUUCCCGAUGUCAGGGGUACCCUCGGACUGGGGUACCUCCUCUGGGGGAACAUGCGUAGUAGACCCCUACCAGGGAAGCGCUGCUUUCCCCGGCAGCCAGGCAGCGGUGGGACCCACGGGAUCCCCGUACUCCGAGGACAUCGAUUUCUACCAGGGAUUCGCGCAAACUACGCCGGGUGUGGGAAGCGUCAACACGGCACUACAUCGGCCGACGAUGCGCUCGCCAUACCACCACGACUGGAUGAGGUCGACUUCGUAUCGAAUCAAUCCGCAAACAGGUAAAACCCGUACGAAGGAUAAAUAUCGCGUGGUGUACUCUGACCACCAGAGGUUGGAACUUGAGAAGGAGUUUCAUUACAGUCGAUACAUUACUAUCAGACGUAAGGCUGAGCUGGCUGUCUCGCUUGGACUAUCAGAACGACAGGUUAAAAUCUGGUUCCAGAACCGGCGAGCCAAGGAACGCAAACACAACAAGAAGAGGGUCGCUUUGGAGGGAGCAACGGACCAGAAGGAACUCGAAACAUCAUCCGAUGAGAAGAUAGACGGGAGACUAGUCGAGAUCAAGGAGGAAAAGGGCUUAGACCGAGUCGAGUUACUAGACCCGUUAUGCAGGGGAGAAAUGACGCCGUCGGUGGAAUCAACCACACCGGAGGUACUGGAAAUCGGAGCGCGAAACCAGCCGGACUUCAGCGUGCAUCCGCCGCUUCACGGUACCGGGGCCUGUCAGCUUCAGCCGGCACACGUUGCUGUGUCUGCCUCGCUGUUUCACUCCAUGCAACCGCUGCAUAUGAAGUAG